AUGGUGUCCCGUGCUGAGCUUGAAGAGUUCCGUCAGUACUUUGAGUGCUCGCUGCUCAGCUUGGUUCGUGGUGCCUCUGUGGAAGCCAAAAAGGACGUCGAUAGUGCGAGAUCAGACUUCAUCGAAGCACUGCAAUCUUUCAGGGACGACACCCUUGUGAACCGGAUUGCACUGACGGGCCGUGCUGCCCGGACGGGCCCACUGACCCUGAUGACAGGUCUCGCUUGGGCGGGCCACGUGGUGGCCCAUAUGCUGAUCGUAGACUGCCUGGGGCCCCCGGCACUGCCGACCCGCGCAGCCCCUUUCACACCGCCGUUUCAAGCCUUGCCUGAGCUUCAGGCUGCACCUCCAUUGCCCAAUCCGCAAGGAAUGGUGGUGUCGGUAUCGAACAAGCGCCCGCGCGCCAGCAAGCAGGAUGGUCGCGGGAUGCAGGCCAUUCGUGCACACUCAGCGGCCUGCUCUCAGAUUGCUGUGAACCUCAUGCUGCAGCUUCUUGCCUUCUUGGGGUCUGAAUCUAGCUUUUUCUCAGCCAUCCAAUCAGCAGUGCAUUUCGAUGCACACGUGCGCCGUGUACUUGCAGGUUUUGCCGCAACGACUGUCAUCAGGUACAUCACUACCUUUAACUCCUUUGCUAAAGCUUGUGAGGACUUGGGUGUGUGUCUUCUUGAGAUUACUGCAGUGCAAGCGGCCGACAUCUUGGUCACUUUGCAGCUUCAAAGACAGGAGGAUCCGACUGUCGGAUCGUCGGCAAUCACUUGCAUCAAGGCCGUACGGUGGGUUUGCAAGAACACCCAGUGCAUUGUGUUUGAGGUUUUCUAUGGCGAGCUGAUUUCAUCCUUCUUGAAGACCAAAUUGCCUAAGGACCGCAGGGAGAGCCUACCCCUGCCGCUGUAUGCUCUUGUGCAGUGGGAACGGCGCAUCCUUCAGCGCUCCACCCCAGUGCGGGACAUAGUACUGCUCGGUGCCUUUUUGGUCACAUGUUGGGCGAGUCUUCGCUUUGCUGACAGCCAGCGCAUCGAAUGGAGCUCAUUUGCCUUCGACGUGGUUUCGCUUCGGGCCAUUGCAUACCAGACGAAAACUUCGCAUCAGGGCCAACCCUUCGGCCUAAUCACUCAAGGCUUCUUGCAUCAUGGCACACACUCCUGGGUGGCUAGGUGGCUCCGGGUUCUUGAUUCCAUCGCUUCGCAGGAGGUGCGCGACUUUGGGGUGGCUCCUAGCUUUCUGUUUCCGGCACUGGACGAUGACGCCGAGUUGCUCCGGCCCCUGGAGCCGAUGAGUUACCCUUCAUGCUUGCGCUGGUUGCGCUAUUACUUGCAGUUUCCUUGGAUGGUGUCUCCACCCGAGGUGUACCGGACAUCCGCGGCCCAGACAGGGUCUGCUGUCUUGGCGGAUUUUCGCCCAAGGACGCCAUUGCACCGUGGAGCACAGCUGCCUAUGGCACCGAUCCCUUUUACUUUGGAAGCCUUCAGCAAAGAGAUCGAUCCUGCACCGUGGGGUUUCUUUUCCUUCGAUGUUGGUGUCCCCGGGUCGCUCCCCUGGGUUCCCGGUCAAUCUUCGGCAUGUGCUGCGGAAACACCUGCUGCAGAGGCCAGCACCAAGGCUGCCGAGCCCUCCUUGCCCGACUCCGCAUCGGAGGCUGGAUCUGAGUCAAGUCUUGAGUCCGAGGCAGGGCCCGCGUCGCUCGGCCCCCCAGAUGAGGUGCACAUGGUCGCCGCAACAGGCGUUGUGCACGCCGCAUGCCCGUCAGGUGAGAGGACACGGGUCUGCCCUCGAUCAGCAGCUUCAGGCCCGAACGGUAGUUUUGCAGACCGCUGCUCUCGCACCAUGGCAGAUGAAUUGUUCGAUGCUAAAUCCGCGGAUGGAUCAUUCAAUCUGGUGAAUCCUUCACCGUGCCCGCUUAAAGCAGAGGGAGCCUCAAGCUUCAAUCAGCUCCUUCAGGAUCACGGCAUCAGCCAGGAGCUCACGGAUCGGCUGCUCGCCGACGGUUGGGAUGCGAAAUCUUUUCGCCAUGUUGUCUGCCAGGAAUCUGAGCUUGCGGGGGUCCUCCCUGAGAUGUUCCCGGACACUGAAGUGUCCUUGAUGCAGCGUGCCAAGCUGCGAGCCGUCUGGUCGUCGCUGCAGCGACGCGGUAGUAACGAGCCUGCUCCUGCAGAACCGCUGGGAUCCCCGGCCAAGCAAGGCUCGGGAUGGUCGGAAGCCUUCGCCCCCAAGCUUGAUGCAACGCGGGUGGCCACGCUCAAAAAACGUUUCUUGGAAGCCUUCCCAUCCGAAAUCUUGACGGCUAUGAAUACCCCCUCGCUCCGCCUCUUGAGCACUGCUGUCGACGCCGAGGUUAAGAAGAACUGGUCUUGGAUCCCGUGGAAGAGUCGCAUGACACAACAGAUGUAUGAGGAUUCCCUCAUGCAGAAGCCCGCAAAAAGGGCCAGGAUUGAGACCCUUCAGCUUUCGGACCUGUUGCUUGAUGAACCGCCACAGAUUGAUAUCAAUGAUUCCACCAUGGGGAUUUCAAUGAUCCGUAGGCUGUUGGAGGUGCAUGACAAUGCCCUCGCUCUUGCAGGCACCGCGCAUCUUGCGCGCCUCAAAGCUUACACCUCUAAGUUCUUGAGCCUGGUUUCGCAAAAAUUCCCGCCUGAAACAAACCUUCGGCCCCCCUCUGUGCUGGAAGCUCAGCAGGCGGACAAACACUUGUGGUCGUGCAUCUUUCAGCUUGUGAUCGAGAAAGAAUGGCAGGUGAAUGAUGCGAUCUACGAGUUCACGGAGAUCCGCGGCGAUAUGUCGUCAUGGCUGCAGCCCCGCGCCAAAGCGGCCUCUGCAGGCAAUCGUAGGCCGUAUACACCGGGCGGCCGUGACAACCGCCCGCCCACCCCACCGCCAGGUCGUGGCAAUGGCAAGGGCAAGGGGAGGGCGGCCGGGAAAUGCCAGCGUGGCAACUCCUGCGAGUUCACGCACGGCUGUGUUGCCGGGUCCAUCCACAGCUGGGGGGAGCUGCCUGCUCCCCCGCCACUGCCACCGCCGAUUCCACCAUCGCAACAGCAAGCCCCCCGGGGCUCGCAAGUUUUGGACUUCAGCUUUCCGCCACUGCCGCCACAACCCCUCUCUGCCGAUUGUACAGUUUCUGUGUCACCGCCUCAGGAGGCCGUACCCUCCGUGCAUCAUACUGGUUCAGUGCCUUCGGGGGACGUUGCCCCCUCCACAUGCACUUCAAGCACUCCCAUUGCGCCGAUUCCGCCCGCCAGCGGUACCGCCCCUUUGGGUCACGCACUUGAAUUUUCCAAUUUCUGUGGGCCGGCCUUGGCAGGCCUCUUCGAUUGCAUUUUGUGCUCAUUGCGGGAAGCCCCUUGGCCCCAACAGGUUCGCCGUGCUCACAUCAUUUCCGGUGCCUCUUCUGCUUCAGGCUAUUUUAAUUUCGGGGUUCAGCUUUCUAGGCGUUCUUCACUUACUCAGGUCACCGUCGCCUUGCCUGAGCUUUGCAGGGACCUGAAUGCCCUAUUCAGGUUCCUCUUUCCAAACGAGCACUGGAACGCUUUGUGUGUCUCGCGCAAUGGCCUCAGUGCGCUGCAUUCCGACUCAGCGAACAUUCCUGGCUCACGCAAUUUGUCACUCUCGCUGGGCGCCUUCUCGGGUGGCCAUCUUUGGAUUGAGGACCUCUCCUGCCUCUCGCAAGGCCAGCCGACAUCAGUUGCAUCUGGCUCGGGCUGGCUACAUGGCUGUGCUAUCGACACACAUCGCAAAGCCAUUAGCUUCGAUGGCCGCAUUAGACACAUGACACUUCCUUUCUCAGGAGAGCGUUGGGCCCUCACAGCCUUUUCCCUGCCUGACGAAGCAGACAUCACUUCAUCGCACUUACUAGCAGGGACGCACAUUCAGGAGGAGUUUCCAUCCAGUGGCAACCCUGGGUCAGCCUCCGAGGCGUCCGCAGAUGUUCCUCCUGCGCAACAUCUCCCUUCAGCACAGCCAAUGCCCGGAGUACCGGAAGCCGUCUCGACUACUAAGCAGCACGAACCUCAGUCGUGCAGGGAACAUACAGUCCAUUCCAAUUCGGCAUCGUCUAAGCUGCCACUGGGAUGCAAACUGUGGGGAAAACGCUCCACGUCAGGUUUGUUUCUCUCCCACAAGCUUAGGGUUGCACGCCCCUUGUCACCACCGGAGGGCGCUUGGCGAGCUGAUACUUGCAUUUCUUCCCUCCCGGCGCGUCUUUUUCUCGAGAUCACAUGGAACAAUCACUCGCGCCAUCAACUUAGCAUGGCUGUCCGUGCUUCAGGUGGAAACUCCCUCACCCUAAGCCCCAGCCUUGACCCGACCCUGGAUGUCCUUUGCCCAGACCUCCUCGAGCAGGUCCUCUUCCUUUGCGGCUCGGGAGCGGUCGCGUAUCUUGCAGCAUCGCCACUAGCCGAGUCAGCAGACUCGCCUGACGACGUGGGUUCCUCCUCGUGGCUGCUAUCGGCAAUGCACGAGCAAACGGCGGCGGCAAAGGUUUCCCGUUGCACCUGGCUCCUCAGCAUUGUACACACUGCAGGGGGUCAAGGGCAUUUGGAAUUGCCCCCCACUUCUUCUUACUGGUCGUCUGAGCGGCCCCAGGCCUGGCUGCAUCAGGGAAACUGUGCUCUGAUCUUGAUACCCCCAUUACUGUACUCAGACUCAGCUAUUCCGUGCCAGCCCCAGCUUUUGGCUGCUUCUUACCGCCCGCUUUCCGCCCUGGCGGUCAGCUCGCCCGCCUUCGCUCCCCCGCAAUGCGCAAGUGCAUUUGCAUCUUCGUUUGCCACGAUCGCUGCCCCUCUGCUCCCGGCAGAGGGCCGCGAGCUCUCCCUGCAGUCAGUCAUCAAGUCUAUCCCACGCAAAGGCCUUUUCGCAGGCCCACAUGCACUUCAUGAUGGUGCUGGAAAACGCUCCAUUGCCGAUUGGAGCAGCCCUGCAAGCCAUGAUGCAUUUCGGGGAUUACGCAAAGCCCUGCUGCAAUUCUGCAUCUCAGCUCGAGCCGACAAACGCUUGCUUGCUCGCGGUUCCUGCCCGUCGAAUGAACCGCUUUUCAGCUCUUCCGAAGUGUCCGCAGCCAGGGAUCUGGUGUUUCCUUCGCUGGGUAUGCAGACCCCGGAUAACGCUUGGUAUGUGCAUCCAUACCAACCCAUGUGCUUGCACGCGUUUGAAGCCCUGGCACAACAUUGUGGCGAUCAGGACAUUCAUUUGUUUCCGCAUUUGCGUAUGGGUGUGCCAACCGGGUACUUGAAUGACAUCCCCCCUUCCAACUGUUUCUGGCCUCCCAAAGGCCAAUCAGGGGAGCUGAUUCCAUUGGCGCUCAAUCUUGAAAACUGGAAGUCGGCCGAUGUGGCUCCUGAGGUCACUUCGCGCUUGCUCCAAGAGGAGUUGGACGCGGGAUACUGCUUUAAGUUUGAAGGCACACUUGAGGAGGCGAAAAGUAGAUGGCCCGUUGGCCUAGCACUGGGAAAAUUGGGGGUUGUUAGGGCUCCGGGGAGGGCCGAACGACUCGUGUUGGACAACAGCGUAGCUGGGACCAAUUCUCAGUGCACAGUGCCGGAACGUCAACGUUUCCCGAGCAUACACGAUGUUUCGCAUUCUUUCCCGAUUCGCGAGACUUCCGACCGCCAGAUGGCCAUUUGCAUUGAUGUCAAGCAGGCGCACAAGCGCUGCCGCAUCCGCGACUCCGAGCAGGGCCUGCUCGGCUUCACUUGGCACAACGCGCUAUACUUUUUUCGCUGCUGCCCAUUCGGAGCAGUUUUCUCACAGCAUUGGUGGGGUCGCGUGGGAGGGUGCACUUUGCGCCUGUUACAUACCCUGCUGUUCCUGGCCCAUGUGGGCCUCCUUUUCGUGGACGACUUCAUUUUCAGCCAAGCGGCCAGCCUCAUGCCGCUCUCGGGAGCUGUGAUAUGCCUCUUUCUUCAGAUCCUGGGUGUUCCAGUCAGUUGGAAAAAAUUACAAAUUUCUUGUCGGGUCGAUUGGAUUGGAUGGCGGUUGUGCUUCUCUUCGGGUACGGUUAGUCUCAGGGAAGAAAAACGCUUGCGGCUCCUUGAACAAGUGCGUUCCCUUCUAAGGGGCGGGGGCCGUAUCUCUACCAAGGAACUGGAGUCCUUUCUAGGCCUUGCCAUGUGGGCCUGUGCACUCUUCCCCACUAUGCGUGCCAUGAUGCACCCUUUCUACAAAGACCUUUGGUCUCCGGCUGCCACUAAUUUCAGCAUUGCUCCGGAAUCGUGGCAUAGCAUCUGUAAUUUCCUUGAUUCUUCACUCAGGUUUAAGGCCUCACCUCCUCACACUGCCAUCCCCGCGGGUGCUAAGCUCCUCUCGGCUCGUCAUGUGCCUUUCACAACCCUUGCAGACUUGUCCAAAGUCGCCGUGACGCACAAAAGAUUGUGGCUCCGCGUUGAAUGCCUUAGCAGCUCGAGGCGGAAACUCUCCUGUGCCUCCAUCCGCUCGUUGCAGGCCUUCGAGCGUUGGUUGCAACACGUGGCACCACUCGCCAGCAUGCGCCCAUCUCAGGUUGCAGACGUUGAGGGCUUUGCCGAUGCAUCGGCGUCCGGCCCAUCUUGCAGUUUGGGGGGUUUUGUUUCUUGUCCGGUUCUAGGCCAGGUUUGGUUCACUGAAACCUUUUCAGUCCAGGAAUUUGAAGCAGCAGGCAUCCCUUUCGGCAAUGACCUGGCUAAGGAGAUAGCCAGUUGUGAAGCCCUGGCUCAGGCGGGGCUGAUUCUUGCUCUCUCUAGGCUGGCUCCUUGCAGCAGGGUUCCUUUACGCCUCCCGUCCCUCUGCGAUAACUCAGGGGCGGAGGCAGGUCUGAAUAAGAUGUUUUCCACCAAAUUUCCCCUAGGCCUCGUUCUUGAACACAUCGCCCUCCUGGCGGCCAUGCAUCGCAUCUCUAUCGAUGUGUCUCAUGUCCCAGGUGCCAAGAACUGCAAAGCCGACGCACUUAGCCGGCCGGCUGAGUACCCCACACCUCCAGACUGCCUUCCAUGCCAGCGCAUACGCUUUGGGCUCUCUGCUCUCUGGGAGCCUUGUCCUGAGGUGCAGAUUUUCCCUUCCAGCUUCACCCUUCCUUGGCUUCGCUGA